CUGCCUACCAUUCAUCAUCUGGCAACCACCCACAACAAUCGGAUAUUACUUUCCUUCUUCUCUUUGUUUGUGACCAUUUGAGUGGUCAACCCCGCGGUUUAAAAGUGGAGCCCCGAGGAUCUCGGAUCGGCGCGCUCCUACAGGGGCUCGGAGGCGCGCCCGGGGCUUCCAGAUUUUUGCCAGGUUUCGUCGCAGCGGAGACCGAUGCCUCGAAUCGCCGAGACCGGAGAGGGUCUCAACGGUCUAGAACGCCAGCGACGAGGGGUCGUCUGGCGCCACAGAACACCUUCCUAGACACAAUUGCAAACCGUUUUGAUGGGACCCACAGUAACUUUGUCCUGGGUAACGCCCAGGUGCAGUCGCUCUACCCCAUCGUCUACUGCUCGGACGGCUUCUGCGAGCUGACCGGCUUCGCCCGCGGUGAGCUGAUGCAAAAGAGCUGCAGGUGUCACUUCCUGUACGGCUCGGACACCAGCGAGAGCCUAACCACUCAGAUCCAAAAGGCUCUGGACGAGCGGCAGGAAUUUAAGACUGAGUGCAUCCUGUACAAGAAGGGGGGGGAGCAGUUCUGGUGUCUGCUGGACAUAGUACCCAUCAAGAAUGAGAAGGGAGAGGUGGUGCUGUUCCUGGUCUCCCACAAGGACAUCACAGCGACCAGGAAGGACCAGCAGGACCAGGGGGACCAUGGACAAGACUCAGACACUGACGAGGAGACAGGUCUGGAGUUGCACCAGAUCACUCGGCCCCCAGGCUUUGACCACAACCGCCGGCGUAGUCGGGCCGUACUCUACCAGUUGUCUGGCCACUUGCAGAAACAGGACAAGAGCAAGCUCAAGAUCAACAACAGUAUGUUUGGGGCGACCACCAACCCCAUCCCUGAGUACAAGGUGGCUGCCACCCCAAAGUCUCGCUUCAUCCUGCUACACUAUGGGACCUUCAAGGCGGGCUGGGAUUGGCUGAUCCUCCUGGCCACUUUCUAUGUGGCCAUCACCGUGCCCUAUAACGUUUGCUUCACCGUGGUGGAGGGGCGGGACGAGGGGGGCGGCUCUGGGGCUCGCAACCCCCCCAGUUACAGCGACAUCUUGGUGGAGAUUCUGUUCAUCAUUGACAUUGCACUGAACUUCCGCACCACCUAUGUGAGUACGACGGGUCAGGUGGUUUAUGAAGCCCGCUCUAUCUUUGUACACUACGCCACCUCCUGGCUGUUUGUUGACCUGAUCGCCGCCCUGCCCUUUGACCUGCUCUACGCCUUCAAUAUCAGCGUGUACUUUGGGGUCCACCUGCUGAAGACAGUGCGGUUACUGCGUCUCCUGAGGCUGCUCCAGAAGCUGGAGCGUUACUCUGAGUACAGCGCCGUGGUUCUCACCCUGCUCAUGUCUACUUUCGCCCUGCUGGCCCACUGGAUGGCCUGCGUCUGGUACUUCAUCGGACGCAAGGAGAUCGAGAGCAACAGCCUGAGCUCCUGGGAUAAUGGCUGGCUUCAUGAACUGGCAAAACGUCUCGACACCCCUUACUUCCUGUCACCUUUAACCUCGUUCCUCGGAGUCACUGAUUCGCUGCACACUUCUAGAACUAAUGGGUUGGCAGCCAAUUACAAUCACUGGAACACAUCAGGGUCAGAGCCGAUUGGACAGGAUUUCUCCUCCUCCUUCAGCUCCGGCCAAUGGAACGUCAGCGAGGCGGGGCGGAGCCAGGUGAAUGGCUCAGGGGUCUCGGGGGCGGCGCUAGGAGGCGGGCCGUCAGUGAGGAGCUCCUACGUGACGUCUCUGUACUUCGCUCUGAGCAGUCUGACCAGCGUGGGCUUCGGAAACGUCUCAGCCAACACAGACUCUGAGAAGAUCUUCUCCAUCUGCACCAUGCUCAUAGGAGCCCUGAUGCAUGCUGUGGUAUUCGGUAACGUGACAGCCAUCAUCCAGAGGAUGUACUCUCGGCGCUCCCUCUACCACACACGUACCAAGGACCUGAAGGACUUCAUCCGGGUCCACGGGCUGCCCAAGGCCCUGGAACAACGCAUGAUGGAGUGCUUCCAGACCACCUGGUCCGUCAACAACGGUAUCGACGUCAGCGAGCUGUUGAAAGACUUCCCAGAUGAGUUGAGGGCAGACAUCGCCAUGCACCUGAACAAGGAGCUCCUGCAGCUGUCUCUGUUUGAGUCGGCCAGUAGGGGGUGUCUACGCUCCCUGUCCCUCAUCAUCAAGACAUCGUUCUGCGCCCCGGGGGAGUAUCUCAUCCGCCAGGGAGACGCCCUGCAGGCCAUCUACUUUGUCUGCUCUGGGUCCAUGGAGGUGCUGAAGGACAACACGGUGCUGGCUAUACUGGGUCGUGGGGACCUGAUUGGCUCUGACUUCCUGACCAAGGAGCAGGUGAUCAAGACCAAUGCCAAUGUGAAGGCCCUGACCUACUGUGACCUGCAGUACAUCAGUCUGAAGGGGCUCAGAGAGGUGCUCUGGCUCUACCCAGAGUACGCCCAGAAGUUCAUCACUGAGAUACAACAUGAUCUGACUUAUAAUCUGAGAGAGGGGCAUACGGCUGAG